AAAAAAAAAAAAAAAAAAGGGAGCUGGAGAGAGAGAGCAAGAGAGAGAGAGAGGGAGAGAGAGGUAGAGCGAGGGUGAGCGAGUAAGAGGCACACAGACGGGAGGGAAAGAGAGAGAGAGAGGAGCGGAGUUAAUGGAGAGGGCUACAACUGCGCACAAACAGAGAUUUGAUCAGUGAGUUUAACUUGCUGGUGCUGGUCAGUGUGCUCUGAAGCCAUCCGCCGCAAACGAGCCCCGCGCCUCCACCAACCUCCACGAACCUCCACUACUUGUUGAGCUGGGCUGAAACACUCACAUUUUUUUCUGAGAGGAAGAAGUUCAGGAACUCUGCGUGGGACUGGAUUCCAUUUUGGACGUAUUUAUAUGUCAACACCUUUGUUGCAUUUGUAAUGUGGGGUGAUCGGAAGCAAGCGCGGAACCUGUGGAUUUAACUAAAAACGGAUUUGGGACAGAUUAUUUCUUAUCUUGUGACUUGUACCGGUUUGCUUCGGCGUGCAUGAACAUUUGCUAAAGAAAAAGGCAAAGCAAUGGAAGUAAGUGCGGAUCAGCCACGAUGGAUGAGCCAUCAUCCCGCGGUGUUGAACGAGCAGCAUCCCGGCUCACAUCACCCGGGCCUCGGCCACUCAUACAUGGACCCUUCGCAGUAUCCCCUCGCUGACGAUGUGGAUGUACUCUUUAAUAUCGAUGGACAGGGGAACCACGUCUCUCCAUACUAUGGAAACUCUGUCCGAGCCGUCCAGAGGUACCCUCCUCCUCCACACAGUAGCCAGGUGUGCCGUCCCUCAUUACUGCACGGCUCUCUGCCCUGGCUGGAGGGGAGCAAAGGCAUCGCCCCGCACCACAGCACUUCUCCCUGGAACCUGAGCCCCUUCCCCAAGAACCCCUUGCACCACGGCUCCCCGGCCAGCCUGUCCGUCUACCCCCCGGCCUCCUCCUCCUCCCUGUCCACCGGCCACUCCAGUCCGCACCUCUUCACGUUUCCCCCGACCCCACCGAAAGACGUAUCCCCGGACCCCGGCAUAUCCACCCCGGGCUCCAGCAGCUCCGGGCGGCAGGAGGAUAAAGAGUGCAUAAAGUACCAGGUGACCCUGGCCGAGAGUAUGAAACUGGAGUCAGCUCACAGCCGGAGCGUGGCAUCAAUCGGAGCAGGGUCAUCCUCUGCCCACCACCCCAUCGCCACAUACCCACCCUAUGUCCCUGAAUACGGCCCAGGCCUCUUCCCACCAAGUAGCCUGAUAGGUGGGUCACCUUCUAGUUAUGGUUCCAAAACAAGACCAAAAACAAGGUCCUGUUCAGAGGGUAGAGAGUGUGUGAACUGCGGGGCCACGUCGACUCCGCUGUGGAGGCGGGACGGUACGGGACACUAUCUGUGUAACGCCUGCGGACUCUAUCACAAGAUGAACGGGCAGAAUCGCCCUCUCAUCAAGCCCAAGCGGCGGCUGUCCGCAGCCAGGCGGGCAGGGACGUCGUGCGCAAACUGUCAAACGACAACGACGACGCUGUGGCGGAGAAACGCCAACGGGGACCCGGUGUGUAACGCCUGCGGCCUCUACUUUAAACUGCACAAUAUUAACCGACCUCUGACCAUGAAGAAGGAAGGCAUCCAGACCAGGAACAGGAAGAUGUCCAGCAAGUCCAAGAAGAGCAAAAAGUCCCAAGACAGCAUGGACGACUUCUCCAAGAGCCUGAUGGACAAGAGCAGCUCCUUCAGCCCGGCCGCCCUGUCCCGCCACAUGUCGUCCUUCCCUCCCUUCUCGCACUCCAGCCACAUGCUGACCACCCCCACACCCAUGCACCCCUCCUCGAGCCUCCCGUUCGCCCCCCACCACCCUUCCAGUAUGGUCACAGCCAUGGGUUAGACGUCCCCGCGCUGCACCGCCCCUGAACCCUCGGCCUCGCCACCACCACCACGUCCCUCGGUACCUCUGCUGACCUGCUUCCACAUCCUAAAAGACAAACUGCCCCGCGGCCCGACCUAAGCUCUCCUGUCCCACCGCCAAGCUGCGGCGCCAGAACGACGGGCUUUAGGCUCCUUUGUCCUCAGUUGUAUCUUAUUUUUAUAAAAAUCAAAGAGUACCUCUGCGAUGUGAAUGCUUUGCAGACUCGACUUGACUGUGGCACACUGACCUCCAGGGGGAAGAUUUCUUUUUUUUCCUCCAACAAGGGAGAGAAAGAGCAUUUCCUCCCCAAGCCGCCGCCGCCACCACAUUGAGGCUGUCCUCCCAGCUGAUCCACAUGAUAAGGAGCUCCAUUUGUGUACAAAAAGCCAUUUUUCCACACACAAACAUCACAAAAACAGACAUGAAAAAAACUUUUACAACGCUCUCUCCCUAAAUCUCCAAACCCGCCUCUCUUCACCUUGCACCUGUGUGACAGGACCCCCCCGCUCCCCUCCUUCUUCUUUUUCUUCUUGCUGAAGACGAGGAGAGACAGACGUUGAAUAUAUUUGUACAAAUUGUAUGAAAUACAGUACAUUUAAUGAAGACUUUUUAAUUAAGUAAGAAAAAAAAAAGGAAACAUGCCCCUGGGCAGCUAACGACGAGAAGGGUACGAGUCGCGGCAGGUGGAGAGACUUGCCGCCAGAGGAAUGAGGAGAGGACGCCUCGGAGGAAAGAAAAAAGGGAGGAGGAGGAGGAGGUGAGAAGAUGAGAGGGAGAGACUUUUGAGAAAGGGCAGGCCUCGGUUUUCGCCUGCGUGAAUUGUGUUGCAUUAAGUUUGCAGAGAGUCAGCGGCUCCGGCUGCAGGCAUCUCUCUUCUUCUUCUUUUUUUUUUUUUGUUGGAUGUGCUAUAGGUCUCGGGCAAUUGGUUUGUGUUGACGCACGCACCUACACACACGCACGCACACACAUACAUGCACGCACACACACACACACACAUGCACAGACACACACUUGAUCACCUGAAAGACUUUCUUCCUGCCCACAGAUUAUAUGCAUUGUGAAAAAAAAGUUCCUGUAUUUGUUAUUUGUAUGUAUAAAUCAGAGUACCAAAAAUACGAAAUAAACAAAGAUGUAGAAUUAUUUCUUUAUGUUAUGCAGACUGAAUGGUUGUAAAAAUUUAAUAAUAAUCACUAGUGUAAAAUAUGACUGCUUUUUUGUUUCGUAAUUUUUUUUCCUCUUUGAAAAUAAUAAACUAGUUUAAUCUCUGUUGACAUGUUA